AUGCAAAGAUCAAAAGUCAACGAUUGUUUCAAAUUUAAUUUCGCUAUAGUUUCGCGUAUCCCGAACUCUUUUGCUUCGUCGUCGUCAUUUGAGUUGAAACCUGGGCGGGUGAUCAACAUUGACCAGGCCCGCAAAGAACAUGAAGAUCUCGUCGAAGGCUUAAGGAGAGUUGGCCUGGAUGUCAUCGAGCUGCCGGCAGACGAGAAAAAUCCGGACUGCCUAUUCGUCGACGACGUGGCCGUCAUAAUAAACGGCACAGCCCUGAUUUGUAAUCCCCCCACUUUGAAGGGAAAGCCCUCUCGUCAAGGAGAGCUGUCUGUGAUGAGACAAGUCUUGAAGAAAGAAUUAGGACUGAAAAUUAUGGAGGUGGAUACUGAGAAAGCCCUAAUUGAAGGGGGAGAUGUUCUCUGGACUGGCCGAGAAAUAUUUGUGGGCCUCUCGUGUAGAUCGAACAUGCUGGGGGCCCAGGCAGUGGCCAAGGCAUUUCCAGAAUUCCCCACGACUAUCGUGAAAGUCUGCGGGCCUGCCACACACCUCAAGGAUUACAUCACCAUGGCUGGCCCCGAAAUAAUGACCGUUGGAAAAAGCGAAGGCGCCCAGAAGACAUUUGUGGAAAUAAAGAAUUCCGGAGCUACAGGGUACCGUUACAUCAGCGUGGAUGAAGACGAGGCAGCAAAUGUUGUGUACGUUAACAGGAAUCUGGUACAUUUGGGACACGAACAAAUACCAAGAGCUUCUGGAAUAUACAUGAACAAACUGGACUACCCCCGUGUGGCCAUCACAAUGGUAGAGCCCUUGAAAAGGGGUGGACGACUCGGAAGUUGCGUCCUGCUUAUUAACAAGGUCAAACUGCCCAAGAAGAUACCCACGUCCGCCGCCUAG